AUGAAAACGGGAAUUCAUGAUAAGUCACUCUCAUCAGAUCCGUCGGAAGUUGAGUGUCGACUCGAAAUGCUGAAUAGUUACAGCGAAAAGCUUCUAGCGUGUCAGUCCGAAAUAGAAGAGAUCGAUGAAGAUGAUGACACCCGUGACAGCCUUGAAGAUUUAAUUGUUGGAACCAAGGCAAUGUUAAAAUCCAUAUUAUCAGAGAACAACAAGCACAAAGCUUCUGACACCUCCUUCACAGCGCCUCACAGCUCAAGACUUCCGAAAAUGUCGCUGCCCAAGUUUCGAGGGCAGUAUUCGGAGUUUAAAAAUUUCAUGAGUUUGUUUGAGAGCCUCGUUCAUAACAACCCUGCGCUUUCAGACAUUGAAAAAUUCACACAUUUAGUUUCGUGUUUGUCUGGUGAAGCCUUGGGAACGGUGAAGGCCUUCCAAAUGACGGAAGAAAAUUACCCGAAGGCGUUGGCAAGCCUGAAAAAGGUAUAUGAUAAUAAAUGUCUCAUAUUUUCGAAUACAGUUGCGAAACUGUUUGAGUUGCCGAAAAUACAAAAGGCAUCGUCGCUUUCGCUGCGGUCAAUGAUCGACACCGUAUCAGCUGUAUAUGACUCCUUGUUGUCUUUGGGUGAUGAUAAAAAUAUUUCAAAUGCGAUGUUGAUACAUUUGGUAAUGUCGAAGGUUGAUCCCACUACGCGGUCAAAAUGGGAGGAGCAACUUGACUACGACAAGCUUCCGCUGUGGAGUGAGUGUGAAGCGGCUCUCAAUAAGAGAUACCAGCACCUCUCAUCUGAAGAAGCGUCGACAUCGUCAAAAUCGCACGACACCCAAAGGCAAAGCAACAAGAGUGCUGAAAAGCCAAAAUCUUCUUUUGUGGCUGCGAAAGCUAAGCCAACUACUUGUUUCCACUGCAACUCCAAAGACCACUUUCUAACCACCUGCCCUAAAUUUAAAACUCUCUCUCCUCAGCAGAGAUUCGAAUUCGCGAAAUCGGUCCCAUUGUGUAUAAAUUGCUUACGCAAGGGACAUACGGUUUCUAAAUGCAAAUUAGAACGGUGUCGAGUUUGUAACCGGUCACAUCACACCAUGUUACACCAAUACCCGAUAUCGUUCGAAACAACACCACAACCUUCGACCUCACAAACUAUGCACACAGUGAGCGUGCCUGAUCGCGUCAUGUUAGCGACAGCGGUGGUCAAGGUAAAAACUUGCUCCGGUGAUUAUGUGUCAGCUCGUGCGUUACUUGACUCAGGGUCUCAAGUAAAUUUCAUGACUGAAGAGCUGGCACAAAGGCUGCGAAUUCGGCGAGAGAAGGCGACAUUAAAUGUCAUCGGGAUUGGUAAUGCCACCCAAAAGGUUCGGUCAAAAGUUAGUGCAGUCAUAAAAUCCCGAGUUAACAACUUCGAGUUUCUCGCAGAUUUUUGGGUAAUGGGAGCGAUUUCGGCAAAUCACCCAGAUCGGGCUGUUGACACCACAGGUUGGAAAAUUCCAGCUAAUAUUGAAUUAGCUGAUCCGGGGUUCUAUAAGUCCUCAAAGGUCGAUCUUUUGUUGGGAGCCGAAACAUUUUUCGAUCUUCUGUCGGUUGGUCAAAUUAAAACUGAUCCAAGGUUCCCAACACUGCAAAAAACACUUUUGGGUUGGGUUAUUUCAGGCAAAUACGUCUCCCACCAAAGUGAGCAUUCUCAAGCUAGCAGUGCCUUAUGCAAAGCUGAAGAUGAUUCUGAAGCAAUUGAUGAAAUUGUCCAAAGAUUCUGGGCAAUGGAAGAAAUCCCUUCAGAAUCACAAGCUACAAAGUUCACUGCCGAACAAAGGGAAUGCGAGGAAUACUUCGUUAAGACUACUGAAGUCUUACCGUCGGGACGGCUUCAAGUAAGAUUGCCGUUCAAAACUGACCAAAAUGCGUUGGGUCAGUCAUUUGAAACCGCAGCUCGGCGGUUUCAGGCGCUGGAGAGACGUACGUUGAAAGAUCCAGAACUUCGUCAAAUGUAUCUGGACUUCAUGGAAGAGUACUUGGCAUUGGGCCACAUGAGCCCCACUGAUAAUAAAAUCCCGAGUGAAGCCCACUAUUUCAUUCCGCAUCAGUGUGUCUUAAGACCACAAAGUACGUCGACGAAACUCCGCGUUGUUUUCGAUGCGUCGAGUCGGACGUCAACACAAAUUGCGUUGAAUGACAUUUUGAUGGUUGGACCGACCAUUCAAGAAGAACUUUUUUCGACGCUACUUCGCUUUCGAAUGCAUAAGUAUGCUAUUACGGCGGACAUCACUAAGAUGUAUCGCCAAGUUCUUGUAAAUGAAAAUGAUAGAAAUUUUCAAUUAAUAGUGUGGAGAAAGCAUCCAUCCGAGCCUCUGCAAAUUUUUCGUUUAAACACCGUGACCUAUGGCACUGCGCCAGCUCCAUUUCUCGCAACACGGUGUUUGCAGAUGCUAAGUGAUGUGAAUGCACAAAAAUAUCCACUCGGUGCCAAAGUAAUAAGUACCGAUUUUUACGUUGAUGAUCUGUUAACCGGAUCUGAAGAUUUUGAAUCCCUCGACAGAGUUCGCUGUGAGGUAACUGACAUUCUAAAGUCGGCAGGAUUCCAGCUAGCUAAGUGGUUCUCUAACCACCCAAGUUUUUUCGAUAGUCAGAGUCUGGAAAAAUCGUUAAGUUUCAACGAUUCAGACUCCACUAAAACGCUGGGAAUCCACUGGUCGCCAAAAGACGACUUAUUUCGGUUUAGACUGGAUGAUACAUUUGAUGAGUUACGAGCUACAAAACGAAAUAUUUUAUCGGUAUCUGCCCGACUCUUUGAUCCUCUUGGUUUGCUGGCCCCACUAGUGACCUCAGCUAAAAUCUUAUUGCAAGAGCUGUGUAUUAAGAAACUAGAUUGGGAUGAGUCGAUUCCGUUGUAUCUCAACAGCAGUUGGCAGAAUUUUAAAGCGAAUUUGUUGCAGUUGCCUUCAAUCAGCAUUCCUCGGUUCGUUUAUACUGAGUCGAGUGCUAAUUGUCAAAUACACGGCUUCGCCGACGCCUCAAUAAGGGCUUAUGGUUGUUGUAUUUACAUUCGAAGCCAAUUCGCUAAUGAUGUUAAAUGCAUUCUGCUAACUGCAAAAUCCAGGGUUGCUCCGCUGAAGACUAAGUCUCUUCCUCGUUUAGAGCUCCUGGCAGCGCAUCUUUUGGCCAAGUUAUGGUCACGCAUUGCGCCAAUGUUGAAUCGACCUAUUGACAGCAUAACAUUCUGGACAGACUCCGAAAUAGUUUUGCAUUGGAUAAAAACACAUCCAUCAACGUUGCAAACUUUCGUUGCAAAUAGAGUGUCCGAGAUUCAAGAGUUGACUCAAAGUGCUUCGUGGCGGCAUGUGCCAACUAAACAAAAUCCUUCGGAUCAAGUGUCUCGAGGUUGUAGCGUGGAUGAAAUACAGAACUCAAUAUGGUUUUCUGGCCCACAGUUCCUCUUAGAAGACCCCGCAAGUUGGCCAAUAAAUACCCAUUUCGAAUUAACGCCUGAAGAACAAGCACUGGAAAAGAAGAAAAACGCCAGCGCCUUAAUAGCAGUGAGUGACAACCGUAAUCCACUCUUAACUGUGAUUGAAAAAUAUUCCUCGCACAAAAAAUUAUUACGAGUUUUUGCCUAUAUUCUGCGAUGGGUCUUAAAGGUGAGAGAUCGAUCCACCAAAUAUGAUCCAACACCAUCGGCACAAGAGUUGCAAUUAAGCUUCUUAAAAAUUGUUCAAAUACUCCAAUUUGAUGAAUAUAGCCAAGAAAUUACCAAAUUGUCAAAAAAUCUUCCACUACCGUCGAGCUUACAAAAUUUGAAUCCAUUUUUGCAUGAGUAUUCAGAAAAGUCCUUGUCGUUGAAAUUGUUACGAGUAGGCGGUCGUUUAUUAAAUGCGCCUAUCCNGAAACUGAAUACCUAA